AAAUAAGAUUAUUGCAAAUUAUAAUAAAAUAUUUUACAUUCAAAAUGCUAUUCACAAGUAUUUUAGUAGUGUUUAUGGCGUUCAUAGGGCGAGGGUAUGGCGAGUGGGCGCUCGUAUGGGAAGACAACUUUGAGGGCGAUUCACUCGAUGAGGACAAAUGGUCGUAUGAAACCGGAGCCGAACCCAAUUGGGGCAAUCAUGAGCUCCAGUACUACACUGAGGACCAAGAGAAAAACGUGAGAGUAGAAAAUGGCCAUUUGGUAAUCCAGGCUCGACCUGAGGUGAAGGGCAAAAGUCAGUUCACAUCGGGUCGGUUGGACACGACUGAGUCGUGGACUCGGGGCCGCUUUGUUAUCAGCGCCAAACUCCCAAAAGGCAAACACUUGUGGCCAGCGAUUUGGAUGAUGCCUAAGGAGGACACAUAUGGCGAUUGGCCGGCCAGCGGUGAGAUCGACAUAAUGGAGUUGCGGGGCCAACACCCGGACACAGUGGAGGCGACGGCCCACUAUGGCGGCGCCUUUCCUAACAACAUAUUCUCGGGCAGUCCUGAGACCAAAUUCAGUGACUUUAGUACAGCUUUCCAUGAGUUUGCGUUGGAGUGGGACGAGAAUGAGUUGCGAUGGUAUGUCGACGGCAAGCAGUACUUCAAGACCAAUGUGCACAAAGACCUAUGGUCACAUAAGGGCAAAGACCCCUACACUAAGAUUGGACAACCCUUUGAUAAACCCUUUUAUUUGAUAUUGAAUGUGGCGGUCGGCGGAGACUUUUUCCCCGUCGAUGAGUACGGACCGCAAGUGACCCCCGCAGAGGCCAAACAGUGGUCAAAGCCCACGAUGGAAGUGGACUUUGUAAAGGUGUAUCAACAGAAAUAA